AUGGCAAAACCCUCUGCGAAAACUGGAGAAAAAGAAAAAGGAGAAGAAAAGGACCUGGGAAAUCCAAAAACCAAUCCAAAAGACCAAAAACUAAUCCAAAAAAACGAAAAAGACUCCAACCAAAAUGUCCUCCAUUUCUUUCUCUCCAGACAAUUCUGGAAAGAUGAAGAAAAUGCUACUAAGACCAUGGAAGAACUCUUCGCAAGAACCAACUUCUACGCAUACUCCGUCUUCAACUACCUCCAGGCAACUAGGAACAACCUGGAGAAAGAGAGUUCAGUAACGGAACUGCUGCAAGAAGUGAUGGAGCAGUUCCAAACUGCAGAAACGUUUGAGGGUUUUGUGGAGUUUGCGGGAGCGAAGAGCCCGGAGUCUGUGGCUCUCGCGACAGCUCCUCAGGACCAGUGA